AAAUUCAAUUCUAAUAUUCCAGUCUGUUAUGAGACUCUGUCACUUAACGUAAGCGAAGUAUAUGAACUGACGUCACCAAAUUAUCCAGAUGAUUACCCAGAAAACUCGAAUUGUCUCUGGCGAUUCAUUUCACCUUCAUCAACAAGAAUUCAGAUUUACGUCAUAAAUGUAGACAUUGAAGACUACUUUGAUAAACUGAUCAUUGGUUUCGGAGACAACCCAUAUGUACUUGAAAGCAGAAUGUGGACGUCGGCAUAUGUAUCUGGCGUAAAUGAAACUAUUGCUUCACCAUAUAAUAAAGUUUGGAUAAAGUUUUUAACCGAUUAUUCGAUUGAAUACAGCGGGUUUAAGGUUCGGAUUAAAGUUGUUGAAGAUGUAAUUACAUGUCAUCAAACGUUUAAACUACUUGACGAUGAAGAUCUAUGUGAUGGCAAAUACGACUGCCUUGAUAAAACCGACGAAACCGCGUGCCUUCCAGAUUGCUUGCUCGAUAUGUAUAUAGCAAUUGACCAGAAUGGAACUCUAACGUCAUCGAACUGUUCGUCCAUUCAUUAUAACUGUGUUUACCUCUUCUCAACCCCUAUUAACACGAGGACAAAACUAACAUUCCUGUACUUUCGAAACACGUACGCCAGUCAGGAAGGCUUUCGAUUCGGAGGUGGUCAUAACCCAUUUGUUGUGGAAUCGGAAAUAUUGACUACUCCAACAACAGAUGCAGUGUUUGAAUUAGAUUCAAAUGAAGGAUGGAUAUGGUUCACAGCGGACGAUACAUAUAGUAGCGGGAGCUUUGCAAUUCACAUUUCCCAAAUUGCAGAUUAUGUAUCUGUAGAGGUAGACGAAAACCAGAUAUAUCACUUAGAUUCAAGAGAAGAGGAAUUUCUAAAUAAAUCCUCCUACACGAUCAACACACCUGUAAAUGCAGUAUUCACUUGGAAAUUUGUAACAUUGCCAAGGCUGCAAUUCAAUAUCAAUUUUCCUGAUGGAUUUGAAAGUUUGAUUUACAAUUCUAUUGAAAUUGGUAUUGGAAGAGAGCCCACACGAAAAUCGACAUUGCUAUUUCUUUAUGACGGUUCAUCUGAGCACAACAAGACAAUAACAGUUGCCGAUAACUCCAUGUGGAUAAGGUACAAAGGCGAUAUUUUCAAUAAAUACAUGCACAUUUAUGCAAUGUUAUCGGCUGUCCCAAAGCACGGCGGCAUUUUGAACGUGUAUAGCAUUGCUGAUCCGAAUACGACACACUAUGUAACACACAGUGGCCCAGCAUACAACUUUGACUGGAUCUGGAUUAUAGGAAGCGAAUGUUCAGGCGGAUCAAUUUCUGUGGAAUGUAUCUUACUUGAUAACCCUAUGCCUCGCAAUAGUUAUAUACUCAUUGGGCGAGGGCAGGAUCCAUCUGAUUCGUCAACAAUUCAAACAGUUCUGCGCACCUCAUCGCCAAAUGAUAAAUGUCCAAACGACUUUAUUGUUUCUCAUUUACACGCUUGGGUGAAGUAUGUAGGUAGCGCACUUAACAGUGAUGAGGAAGGUGCUGUAUUUAAAUUAGCUGUCAGGUGUAUUCCUCAUGAAGAUGUAGUUAAUCAGAUUUGUAGCACAAAUGCAAGUAUAUCACCCGAAGACGCGUGCAAUAACAAGUUUGACUGUCCUGACCUAACAGAUGAGUUGGGAUGUUUUGAAACAGGUUAG